CCGAAACCGCAGUUAAACCCCGUGCAAAGAGUUGCUGCCAACAAACCAAAGACUAAUCUAGCCGUGAUUUCCACAGAGCGAAUUAAAUAGACUGAUGGUCGUCAAGGGAGUUGGUCAGCCAUGGUACGCUACAUUAAGCUGGCAUGAACCACAGCCAUGGAAGCUGCCAAUAAUAUCCUAGCCGCUCAUUCUGGUUUACCACAUUUUUAUCCGGUCGUCACUUCGUCAGUCACAGGCAUAUUGCAGUCGUCUCCUUCCCAGGACAGUGUGAGUGCCCGCUCCAGCAUAUCCGGCCAAACGGCGGCUCAUCACUGGGGGAACUACGCCACGGAAUCCCCGGCCAUCGUCCCUCACCACAACUCGUGCGCUAUGUCUUCCUACUCCAACCUACAGCUGGGGGCCACCCUUGCUACCAUGAACAACAAAUCUCCAUACAAUUCCUUCGGAUCGGGAUCAGACUAUAUAGCAAAUUGCAGACAAAUGCAAAUAAACCAGUUUAGUUCCCUAAAUACUGUACCCCGCUAUCACCCACUCUAUGGAGAUGUUUAUCAACCGGGACAUGGGGCCACGUAUUCUAACGGCAGUUUUUACCCCGAUAUGACAGGCGGCCAUCUCCCUCCUAUGGCUUCUCGGGAUAUGGACUGCAGGAACGGACAAGUCGAAGGAAGUGUGCAAGAACCAAAGGGAAGAAAGAAGCGGAAACCAUACACAAGGUAUCAGACUAUGGUGUUGGAAAAUGAAUUUCUAAAUAACUCCUACAUCACCCGUCAAAAACGCUGGGAAAUUUCUUGCAAACUUCAGUUGACUGAAAGACAAGUGAAAGUGUGGUUUCAAAAUCGGCGGAUGAAGAGGAAGAAAUUAAACGAAAGAGCAAAGGCGCGGAUUAAGGAGGAGGAGAACAAAGAGCCCUCUUCACUAAACAAUGGUUCUUGAUUGACAGAAACUGACUGUAGAUGGUAUAUUAUGAAAUAUGGAGUGUGCGCUGAGCUCCCGAAAGCUGUGGAUACCUAGUGAACGAGCACGCGCUGACCACCCGCAGCGGAGACUCUUGUGAUGUCACAGAGCCGAGAUGGGCUAUGUUGUAUUUGUGUUUGUUCUAACAGUGCUUAUAUAUUGUACAUGGACCUACGACGUGGUUAGUCGGUGCGCAUGCGUGGGGAAUGACCGGAAGUAUGUGUGCUAGUGAUCUGAGUGCUGUGGCAACAGUAGAGAGGACAGCUAAAUACGUUCCUUGAUUACGUAUCAGGCAGCUAUCGGCAUUACCUGUAAAGACGAUCCGAUACAGUAAUACCGAACGCUGGGAGAAAACUUACAGACUGUGGGGACAUAUCUCUGCUUAUACGGACGAUUCUUUGCCUCAUUAUAAUUUGGCCAAACCACAAUGUUUGUUGAACGGUUUGUCUCCAUGUAAGUGGUUAUCCGAUUGUAUUACAACGGUGGUUGUUAUUUUCUACUUGUUCGUAUUCGGUGUAUAUUUUAUAGUCUCGACAAAAACCGUGCUUGUCGUGGACUGUUGAUUAUUUUUGUCCAAAGCCAAUGACAUCAUUUCCCGACAAACUGUAUUUGUGAUGUGAUGUUUGUAUUUGUGUGACAGAUAGUUAAUUUUCUACCUCCGUGCAUGCUAGAGCAACAGGUUCAAGACAAAAUGGCAGUAUCAACAAUUUACAAUGGCACAUGAAAUGUUGCUGUCUCGUUCUUAUUUGUUU